UGCUUCGUCUCCAAAUUUCUCCGCUUCCAUAAUAUAUUUUAACACAGGAGAAGCUGCUCAAGGAGAAACCCCGAGAUCUGGAGAUGCGUUUCUAAGGGAUCCGCCUAUUGGGGUCUCAACAUCAAGAAAUUCCGAUCGAUCUCCAGAGAUUGUGAGAAGAGAUUCUUGAGCAAUGGGUUGUACGUUUUCCGGGUUGAACGCGCUCUACGACGCCGUCAAUGGUGGAGGAGACGUUUGGAUCAAUGAGAACCGGUUCAGGAUCGUUCGUCAGCUCGGAGAAGGGGGUUUCGCCUUCGUCUAUUUGGUGAAGGAGACCGUCACCGACGCUUCCGCCGCCGCGUCCGGCGGUGGUAUGGCGAAGAAAGUCAAGGACCCGGCCCAUCUCUCCGCUGACGGGACUUAUGCCAUGAAGAAAGUCCUCAUCCAGAACAAGGAGCAACUGGAAUUGGUGCGGGAAGAGAUCCGUGUUUCAUCGCUGUUCAGCCACCCUAAUCUGCUUCCACUCCUUGAUCACGCCAUUAUUUCAGUUAAGGACGGACAAGAAGGAACUUGGAAACACGAAGCCUUCUUGCUAUUUCCUGUCCACCUUGACGGAACCUUGCUCGAUAAUUUUACGGCAAUGAAGGCUAAAAAAGAAUCGUUUUCUACAACCGAUGUUUUGCAAAUAUUUCGGCAGCUUUGUGAUGGACUGAAGCAUAUGCACUCGAUGGACCCACCAUAUGCUCACAAUGAUGUCAAACCUGGGAACGUUCUUUUAACGCAUAGAAAGGGACAGCCUCCUCUUGCAAUUUUGAUGGACUUUGGGAGUGCUCGUCCUGCAAGGAAGCAAAUCCGCUCCCGUCAAGAGGCAUUGCAGCUGCAGGAGUGGGCAUCUGAGCACUGUUCAGCGCCUUUCCGAGCUCCCGAGCUGUGGGAUUGCCCUAGCCAUGCUGAUGUUGACGAGAGAACGGAUAUCUGGUCACUUGGCUGCACCCUCUAUGCCAUAAUGUACGGAGUGUCUCCUUUCGAAUAUGCGCUUGGAGAAUCAGGGGGAAGCCUUCAACUUGCGAUAGUGAACGCCCAAAUAAAGUGGCCGACCGGACCAAAGGCGUCUUCUUGUCCGUACCCAGAAGCCCUUCACCAGUUCGUGACUUGGAUGCUUCAGCCUCAGCCCGCUGUCAGGCCGCGGAUCGAUGACAUCAUCAUCCACGUCGACAAGUUGAUCUCCAAGUUCACCCAGUAAGUUUACAGAGGUAAACCCGAAACAAAAAGUAUAGGAUAUGUAUUUUAUAUAUACAUUGGACUCUCUUGUUGGUGUGAAAAAAAAAAAAAGACUUUUUGAGAUUAGAUAUGGCUGCUCUUGUUAUAUGUUUUUAGUUUAAUUCAAUGGUUUGUGACGUCACAGGUAGGUAGGGCCCUCUUUUCACUUUCGAGAAACACAAUAAGAUAUGUCUCUUGUGCGAGAAGUUUUGUAAAAUCCCGUUUUAUGAUGUCUGAUGAGUUCCUGCCAUAUA